CCCCUUCAUACCCCAGCUCUCCCUCCCGCAUGAAGAUCUGUCAUCCAAAUCUUGACUGGAUUUUGCACUGCAUGGGUUCUUGGUCCAGCCACAGGUCAAAGGUACCCUGGAAUUGGUCAACUUUUGAUUGAGAUAACCCACAAUCCUUUGUCUGCUUUCACUGUAACUUUGAGAGGACUUUCCUUAAGGAGUCUAAAGACCAGGUUUCUUAGUUUGGAAUCAUGCCCCUCUCAGGAAAACCAGCUCCACCCAACAAGAGGAAAAAGCUCUCCAAGAUCAUCACUGACCUGUCACACAUAACUCAGGAUGAGUACGAUUCAGAACCUGAGGCCUCAGAGUUUGACCUGGGGAAAAAGAUCAAGGCACCCAGGGAUACAAUGCUGGAGGAACUGUCGCUAAUGAAGAACAAGGGCUCAAAGAUGUUCAAGAUGAGGCAGAUUCGUGUUGCGAAGUUUAUCUAUGAAAAUAACCCCGAUCUCUUCUCUAGUGAGACCAUGGAUAACCUCCAGAAGUUUGUGCCCAGUCUGGGGGGCCAGAUGAUGGAUGUUGGUGGCCGCCUGAUUGGUGGACAGAUGGCUGGCCAUGCUGGCGGGGCCGGCCAAGCACCAGUGCCUCCUCCUAAACCAGGAAGCUAUGGCAAGGGAGCCGGGGGUGGGAUGCUAGCAGGGGAGCUCACCGGUGGUGCUGACGGGGCAGCAGGAGCAGGGGGGAAGGGUGGUGUGUCAGGAGAUGCCUCACAGAGCGAGGCACGUGCUAAGGCUGCUGCGGAUAAGGCGAAAAAAAGAGCUGAAUAUAUGAAGACAUACACUUCGCCUUGGGAACGGGCUAUGAAGGGCAAUGAAGAUCUUCUAGCCACAAUGAAGCCUCAAAUGCCUGGACCCUAUUCUUAUAUAGAGCUGUGCAAAUAUAAGAACUUUAACAGGAGUGCAAUACCCUUCGGAGGCUUUGAUAAGGCCGCUCAACUGAUGACCUUCCAGCUGCCAGACAUCGAGGUGGCGACCGAGGACCUCGAACCAGCUGUGGUGUAUCAGCAUGAUGUCAACUCACGUCCCUCUUUUAACCGCACGCCUAUUGGCUGGGGAGGUAGCGUUGAACCAAGCAACAUUCACAUGGAGCUGGACGCGAUACCAUUUGAUGGGGAGACUGAUGACCUGUGAACCUGCCACCCUUCAAACAACCCCAAACAAUGAUUUAUACCUGUUCAAUUAUAUUGCACUGCCAUAACCAGACACAUACACCCAACACAUCAAUGUCUUCUACUAUAUAAAAAAAAUCCUAAAGAAAUGUGAAUAGCAAACCCAAUGUAUGCAUUUAAUCUGCAUUAGAAUGUAGAUCAUAAAGAUUUCACAAAGACCUGUUUGUCUCAGGAAGUUGAAGUUCAGCAGGAAACUGACGUUUUGAUUGGCUUGAUGUUUAGUUGUUAAGUUGUGAGUAAUAGCCAUGAACAUUCAUAUGUAGUUAUGUAGUAUAUGUUAUACCUGUAAUUGUUCUAGUUAUUUAAAUUCAUUAUAUUUAAGCGCAACAUAUAUAGCCUGCUUUAAAAUAAAGUGUUACCUCACAUUAUAAUAUAUUAAUAAUACAUAAUAAUACAUUAAAGCAAAUACACAAAUCUGGGUUUAUAAAUAAAAACAUCUAAACUUCAUGCUCGUAAUAAAGGAUUGAAAUAACUGCGUAUAUUUAGUUUGGUCUUUUGUCACUAUAAUUAGAUUUGACGGAAGCAGGUGGGUCAUAAAAAGAUUUGCUUGUAUGACACUGCGACUAACACCAAAAGAAGGUGCUGUCGUUCUUACAUGCGAAAUAAAAUACAAUGAAAAAGUG